GCGGAGGGCGGGGGCCGGCCGCAGCUUCCCCGCGCCCGGCUGUGUCGCCGCCGUCGCCUCGGCGGUUGGGGUUGGGGGGGAGGAGAUCUGUAGGGUGGCGCGCGCGCGGGGGGCGCAGCGCGGUUUUGUCUCGUCCUGUGGUGCGGAGCGGCUCGCGCGGUGGCCCGGGGAGGCCCCCUCGGCUUCCCGCAGGACGCCGGGGCCAACGGCGGGCGGCUGAGGCGGCUCGGUCGGUCUGCGGCCCUGAGGGGAAGGGCAAGGGACGCGGCGACGUGGAGGGAGAGCAGUAGUUCCAGAGAACUGCUGGUUUAGAGUUUAGCUCUUGGGAGUUGUGAAAACAGUGAAGGAUGCUUAGACUACUUAACAUUCAAACUACCCCCUGGUUAAUCAUCUUUAGAAGACUGAACUUCUGGAUGUCUACUCCAUCUCUAUUGAAUUAAAGCAUGAAAAUGAAGCCUAUAACCCUGGCAAUCAUCUGUGAGCCUUAAUUACAUUGGUUCAUAGCAUUUGAAACUUCCUCAGGGAACACGCCAUGGCGUCGGCAGUGGUUGACAGUGGAGGUUCUGUUCUGGAGCUUUCCAGCAAUGGAGUAGAAAAUCAAGAGGGAGGUGACACAGUCCCUGAAUAUCCGGCAGUGAUUGUGGAGCCAGUCCCCAGUGCGAGGUUAGAGCAGGGCUACGCUGCCCAGGUGCUGGUGUAUGAUGACGAGACUUACAUGAUGCAGGAUGUGGCGGAAGAACAAGAAGUUGAGACGGAAAAUUCAGAAACAGUGGAAGCCUCAGUUCACAGCAGUAAUGCACACUGUACGGAUAAGACCAUUGAAGCUGCUGAAGCCUUGCUUCAUAUGGAGUCUCCUACCUGCUUGAGGGAUUCAAGAAGUCCUGUGGAAGUGUUUGUCCCUCCUUGUAUAUCAACUCCAGAGUUUAUCCAUGCUGCGAUGAGGCCAGAUGUCAUUACAGAGACUGUAGUGGAGGUAUCAACAGAAGAGUCUGAACCAAUGGAUGCCUCGCCUAUUCCUACUUCACCAGACAGCCACGAACCAAUGAAAAAGAAAAAAGUUGGCCGUAAACCAAAGACCCAGCAGUCACCAGUUUCCAAUGGGUCUCCUGAGUUAGGAAUCAAGAAGAAAGCCAGAGAAGGAAAAGGAAACACAACCUAUCUGUGGGAGUUCCUUUUAGAUCUGCUUCAAGAUAAAAACACUUGUCCCAGGUAUAUUAAGUGGACUCAGAGAGAAAAGGGCAUAUUCAAACUUGUGGACUCAAAGGCUGUCUCGAAGCUCUGGGGAAAGCAUAAGAACAAACCAGAUAUGAACUAUGAAACCAUGGGGCGAGCUUUGAGAUACUACUACCAAAGGGGAAUUCUCGCAAAGGUUGAAGGACAGAGGCUUGUAUAUCAGUUCAAGGACAUGCCCAAAAACAUAGUGGUCAUCGAUGAUGACAAAAGUGAGACCUGCCCUGAAGACUUGGCAGCAGCUGCUGACGACAAGUCUUUAGAACGAGUGUCGCUAUCUGCAGAAAGUCUCCUGAAGGCAGCGACUGCUGUCCGAGGUGGGAAAAACUCAUCUCCUCUGAACUGCUCCAGAGCAGAGAAGAGCGUGGCUAGAGUUGUAAAUAUCACUUCCCCGGCUCAUGAUGCUUCGUCCAGGUCUCCUACCACCACAGCGCCUGUGUCAGCAGCAGCAGCUCCAAGGACAGUUCGUGUGGCAAUGCAAGUCCCUGUGGUAAUGACAUCACUGGGUCAAAAGAUUUCAACUGUGGCAGUUCAGUCAGUCAAUGCAGGCACGCCGUUAAUAACCAGCACCAGUCCAGCUACGGCCAGCUCUCCAAAAGUAGUCAUUCAGACAGUCCCGACUGUGAUGCCAACCUCCACUGAAAAUGGAGACAGAAUCACCAUGCAGCCUGCCAAGAUUAUCACCAUCCCUGCGACUCAGCUUGCACAGUGUCAACUGCAGACAAAAUCAAAUCUGACUGGAUCAGGAAGCAUUAACAUUGUUGGAACCCCACUGGCUGUAAGGGCGCUCACCCCUGUUUCAAUAGCCCAUGGUACACCUGUAAUGAGACUAUCUGUGCCUGCUCAGCAGGCUUCUGGCCAGACUCCUCCUCGAGUUAUCAGUGCGGUCAUAAAAGGGCCCGAGGUUAAAUCAGAAGCCAAAAAGCAGGAACACGAUGUGAAAACUUUGCAGCUGGUAGAAGAAAAGGGGGCAGAUGGGAAUAAGACAGUAACCCAUGUAGUGGUUGUCAGUGCGCCUUCUGCUAUUGCCCUUCCUGUGACUAUGAAAACCGAAGGGCUAGUGACGUGUGAGAAAUAAGCAACCCCCCGGGGACUGCAGACUGUUAGUGUUGUACUGACAGACAUUUGCAAGGGAGGAGAAAAGUCAGAGGACUUUCAAACAACUGUGCAUAUAAGAAAGCAAUCAGACUUACUGGAAAUAAUUACCUGUCCCAUGUUUCAGUGGGAAGUGAACUACACAUUGAGAUGCUGACAGAAAACUGCCUCUUAAAGAACAACUGAACCCUCAGUAAGAGAAAAGACUGAAAGGGACCAAGCAGCUCACUACACUAUCACUUUACACUAAGAGUUGGAACACUAACACCUGUAAGAGGUUACAUAGUUUUCAGUGGGGUGGGGUUGGGAUGGGUGAUGUCCUUGUUACAAAUAGCAUUUUUUUGAUGCAUUUUAUAUGCAUACCAGCAAUUAGCACUGUGCUUCUGCAGUGCUCACUUAACUGGUGCUAUGUGAAGACUCUGCUAAUACAGGUAUUCUAGAAUGUGAACUGAGUGGAUCCAAAAGCUUCACAGACAGAGAGGAUAGCGAGAUCUAGUGCGCUUUUGUUUGUUUGUUUUGUUUUAUUUUUUGAUUUUGAAUAUAUAUAUAUACAUAUAUAUAUCAUAGCUUAAGCUGUUUUAAAACAAAGGCCUUAGACUAAUUUUUGGUUUCCUUUCUUGAAAUAAGCUAAUGGCUUGUUUGUGUAAAGCUUUUUUAUUAAAAGAAAAAUUUUAAAAAUCUUGUACCUAGCACAGUAUUGUUAUAGAAAUUACAUGUAACAUUUUCUAUGGUAGUUUAAGUCUGUCGGUUUCUUAAUUGUGAAGACAUUAACAGUUGGCUCUGGCCCUUUACUGUACCGUACCUGCGUCGCUCAAGUCACCCUGCCGUCUGCAGACACAGCGGUAUCAGUUCUGUCAUCCGACAUCCAGGCCCGCAUGAACUUGCCAGGUGGCUCUAUAGUACCCGGCGUUUGUUUCCUUUCUCCUCCUUUUUCCUUUUCUCCCUUUUUUCUCUUUUUUCUUUUUUAGUUGACAUUUAAGAGGGAAAGUACCAGUGUUCAGAUUUGAACUAUAAUAGUUUGUAUAUUCAACAUUUGAAGUAUAUUCUAUUUUGUUGUACUCUUGUUUCAAAGUGUAUUCAAGUAGGUUUUCUGAAAUAUAGAAGUGAAAUUUAUCUUGUGGUUUUGGUCUUUGGUGAUGUUUUUCACAGUGCUCAAAAGCCAGUCUAGGAUGUCAUUUCAGUUAGCAACAGAAGUCUGGUGUUUUCUUAAUGACUACCUGAAGAAAUGCUACUCUGGUUUUGGCUUUGUCCCAUUAUAGAAAUAUUUGGCAACUGUCUGCACAUUUCCACUUUCUUUAUAACUAUAAUCACGUACUUAAGAAAUAGUGUUGGCUACAUGUAAUGGAUCUACACACGUGAGACACUUUCAGCACUAGUGGUAGAUGGCGUGCCUGGCGUGUGGAGACCGCUGGAUCUGUCCUAGCACCUCCCAGGUACAGUCACUUCCAUUCAGUCGGACCAUUUGUCUCCCGUCAGACCUUUUAUGGGUAGAAAGUAAUGGCCUGGCCUGGGUGAAGACUGAAGGACCAGAGAAUCACGAAUUUCUUAGUGCCACACAAUUAUAGUUAGGUCCUCCUCUACAUCUUAAUAGUUUCUUCCACAAAGGAAAAGUUGUCUAUCAUUUUAGAAAUUUAGAUGAACCGUUGAAUAUUUUUUGGCCUUUGUAUAUUUAAUGCUAUUUAUAGCAGUAAAGAUUUUUAUAAAAAUACCCUUUCUAGCCGUUUUUUAAAAAAAAAACUGAAUUGAUUUAAAGA